UCUGAAUAUGAACUGUGUGGGAGAGUCAUGCUUCGGCUCGAAUGGGUCGGCUCGACCGGAGUGAUACCACGGCCUCUCAGAAAACCGGAGCGAAACAACCACGGCGUUCUGUUUCAUCGUGUGAGUGAGGUUACCGGUAGGCCAAUUCUUCCACUCCCCCAAUCCCUAAAUCCACAAAACUCUAAUCCCGAAAAGGUCGGUAAAGCGCUCGUAACUCUCCCGUAUUUACGGAUGUCCAUGGGCGGCGCUAGUUGCUUACCAUUAGGUAAUCCAUCUGAUCUGCUCCUCUCGGCGAUCUCUCAUAAUAAAAUACCACGCGACCUCGCGCAUAACUGUGGACCAUAGACAAAACUUUUUGUUUUUUCUUUUGUUAUUAUUAGUUUAGAUUUUUUGUAUUAUUUUAUUUUCUUCUUUUUUUGUAUUUUAGUUUUAUGUGUGUGCGCUUGCGCAAGAAUAA